GCGCGCGGUGACGCGCAUUGUAACGGGGCGGCCUCCCCCUCCCCGCCGCAACCCCCUUUGUGCGCGCCCCCGCCCGCCCCGCGUGCGCGCGCGCCAGCGCCCAUCGGAGGUUCUGGGCGCCGGCGACGCUUCCGGCCCGGAGGUGGGGGAGGGGGCGGAGCCGGAGCCGGCGCCACAGCAACCGCGGAACGCGGACCCCGGCCUCCAGCCUCUGGUCGGCUCCGGUCCCGGGAUGGCGCCCAAGCCCCCCGGCUCCGUCCUCGAGCUCCGCGCCGCCGGCAACGAGAGCUUCCGCAGUGGCCAGUACGCGGAGGCCGCCGAGCUCUACGGCCGGGCCCUGGACGCGCUGCGAGAGACAGGUCCAGCCAACCCUGAAGAAGAGAGUGUCCUCUAUUCCAACCGAGCAGCUUGCCACUUGAAGGAUGGAAACUGUACACAUUGCAUUAAAGACUGCUCUUUUGCAUUGUCUUUGGUUCCUUUUGGCAUAAAACCCUUGCUAAGACGGGCAGCAGCCUAUGAAGCCUUGGAGAAAUACCAGCUGGCUUAUGUGGAUUACAAGACAGUGCUGCAGAUAGACUGUACUCUGCCAGCUGCACAUGAUGGAGUCAACAGAAUGACCAAAGCUCUCAUGGACACAGAUGGGCUUGAGUGGCGUCUUAAGCUGCCCCCCAUUCCCUCAGUGCCAGUUGCAGCUCAGAAGAGGUGGGAAGCAGCUCCAGGGGGUGACCAUGAGAAGGCAGCCAAAAGCAAACUGAAAGAAGCCGAUACCUUAAAGAACAAAGUGCCUACUGUUGGAGACAUCGAGCGAGCCCGGGCCCUAAAGGAAGAAGGCAAUGAGCUGGUGAAAAAAGGAAAACAUAAGGAGGCUGUAGAGAAGUACAGUGAGAGUCUUAUGUUCAGCAGCCUGGAGUCUGCAACAUACACCAACAGAGCCCUCUGCUACUUGUCACUGAAGAAAUACAAAGAAGCUGUAAAGGACUGCACUGAGGCUCUCAAAUUAGAUUCAAAGAACAUCAAAGCAUUUUAUAGGCGUGCCCAGGCAUUCAAAGAACUUAAGGACUAUCAAUCCAGCCUUGAAGACGUCAACAGCCUCCUGAGUAUUGAGCCAGAGAACAGCGCGGCCGCCAAGCUGAGGCAGGAAGUCAACCGGAGCUUAAAAUAAAUAAAGUCCAGGAAGGGGCAGCAAACCUGCCUGAUUUCACUUGGAGAAGCUGAGGGCCUCUUUGUCUGCUCCAGGGCCAAGAAAGAGAGCGAGUGAACCCUUUGACCCAGGCCAGGUCAUGCCCUGGGCAUGGCAUCCCAGCUUCUCUCCUUGUACCCAUCCACACUCUGCUUCUUUCUCACUUAGAAUCUUUGCUCACUGGAAGUCAGUUCAGGUUAGUGAGCCAGGCCUCCCCUUUUUCGUCUACAAGGGUUCCUUCUUCUGCUGAUCCUUUUCAGGGAAGCUCUCCUGGCGACCCCCCUUUCUCCCAGUGGUAAACACAUAUACUUCUUCAUCCACUAAGCAUGUUCCAACACUGGUUCCUGGCCCUGCUAGGCAGCAAAAUCCAUGGUGAAUGGGGUCAUGUAUUAGUUGGCAAACCAGGCUCAGGUCCUACUCACCUGCUUGUGGCCAGAAUAUGUGGUGGCUUCAUUAGGGAUGGAGCCCCUGGCAAUCUUUGGUCACAACUUGUGUCCCUGUGCAGUGCUAACAUCUGACAGUCAUUCUGGGUACUGGUUUGAGUACUUGACUUCUCCUAAAAUCUUGUAUCUUGUUUCAAGUUACUCAAGUGUCUUGCUUCCCCCAUCUCCCCUGGGCUGGAGCCACAAGUCCUGGUUUGGAAGUUGGCCUGUUGCAUGUUUUGGGUGGGGAGGCUAUUCUAGCCCCAGUUUAAGAAUGGCAGCUUUAGGACACCUCUGAGAGUCCUUAUUCCUCAGUCCCUCUUGGAGUGAUUCUGAAUGGCCUCAUGGUUUCAGUCACCCCGUGUUUAAGCUACUGCAUAAAAAGUAACAUCUGCUACUGGACUUCAGUCGUACCUUCAUUUACAAGGGGACCAUGAAACCUUGGCUGGACACUGCCUCUUGUAGUGCAGGCCAGGGUCUUUUAUAGUACCCUUACCACAAAACAGGCUGUUCUCUCCUCCCCCAAUACAGGAAAGGGGUUUCCCCUUGGGGGUAGAAGGUAGCUUUGCCUGGCAUACAAUACGAGCCCUUAAUAUUAGCACCAGUUCUGUUCGGGGACACAGACCAUGACUCUUAACCUUACUCCAGUAGCUGCUGCCAGGUAUGCAUGGGCUCAGUGCAACCCAUUACUGAAAGAAUUAAUGAGUAUUUAAGUGUCUACUGUGUGUCAGGCCCUGGGGUUAAUGAAAUGUCUUAAGAUGUGCACAUGUCAGUCUAUACAAAACGAAUAUUCCAAGUUCAUUUGGGAAGGGGGUACUGGCAGUGGUGACUCAGGAAAGGCUUCACAUACAAAGAAGUCACUGAGCUCAUCUUGAAGAAGUGAGAUGAGGUGAGAUGGUCAGCGUGAAGGCCCACAGAUAGGAACUGGAGUGCUGGUUAGAGUCAGAUAAAGGAACGUCAGUUCUUACUCACCUAAGUCAUCAGGGUAUUUGCUCAUGCUAGAUGAGCAUGUAAAGUACCCUGACAGGAACAGUUGUCUCUCAACCCUGUAGCUUGCAAAGGCAAAACUAAUCAUUUUUCUGGGAAAAAAAAAAGCCACUAUUUUACACAAAACCCUUCCUGAUUCCUCACGAAUGCCCUUCCUUUCUAACUGACAUUAUGUUUAUGGAUGGGACUGUGGUCAAGGCAGAAUAUAAGGGACAAGCCACAGAACUGAGGAGAGGAGGGCAGGAGCACUGGUAAUCUUACAGCAGCAUAGGUUCUGAGAGCCAGGAGUGAGCCACCUUUAUACCCCAAACCAAAAAAGAGCAGCUUAUGUAUCCUGUGGCCACAGUGGAGUGAUUUGAUCUUAUGUUCCCGAGAGUAAAAAUGCCCUUCCAUUUACCCAGGAUUCUGUUGCUCUCUACCUCCUAAUCUCCAGGCUCUACUUAGGGGUGCCCAUAUGCAUGCCCAACACACACACGCUCACGAUGAUUCUGGGUAGAGUCCAUGAAACUUUUUAAUGCACAUACAAAAAAGCAAAGGCUGUUUGACCAGCUUGCUGACUGGCCUUCUAUGUCCACUCACAUCACAUUGUGCAGGUACACAGACAAAUAAGGAAAUAAGUUAUGGUUUAUGGUUCAGAGGGCCUCAGAGAACUGGAAGGGCUGGUCUCUCUUCAAGAGCCAUGAGAUUUCAGUUUUCUGGGAAAGAAAAAAAGAAAUCGAGUACACAGUGUUUGAUGGUAAAUACCAAGCACUCUGGGAUCCAGUAAAGUUCCAGCUAUCAGGUAUCAUUCCUGUAGCAGAAAGAGAAGUAGAAAGUGUCUCCCAAGAAAGGACAGCUUCAGUACAAACUCUCAAAGGACAGUGGGGCUGUGCCUGUCUGACAGAGGGACAUAGGGGAGGAGGUAGGGCAUAGCCAAAGACUCGAAGCCCAGGACUUCUGGACCCACAGCCAACAUGGAAAUAUGUGACCCAAAGGAGGAUUCUACAGAAACAGGAUUAGAAUGGCUUUAGCUAAAUGCCUGGAUAAGAGAGCCAGUUCUUAUGGUGCACAUGCAGGAACCCUUGGCUAAUCCAGAAAAGCAUAAAUUCUUCCAAACUGGAAAGGCCUCAGGAUGGGUCCAGAGACAAGACUAGGCCUCUGUAUUUGGAGGACUAGCCUAGGUAGAGAAAAGCCCUUUAUCAGCAGGUGUAUAUGUGAAACCUAAGGGCCACAAUAGUACAUUGGGGGCUUCUUCCUAACUUUGAGAGUAAGGUCAUGCAACCCUCAGUGCCGAAGGUCAGAGCAGGAAAGGCUAUAGGACUGACCAGGGAUGGACAGCAGAACUCUGAGCCCACCCUCAUAAACUCCCCUCCCUUCCUGGGUUCUAUCCCUGGCAACCACGUUUGAUUGGGCCUAGACUCACAGGGGCCUUAGUGCACAUAUGUCUUGGGCAGCUCCGAGACCUCUUGUGCUUGGAGUGCAGCAACUGCUUCUUCAAUCUGGGGGUGGGAGAGGAAAACUAAGAUUAUCCAGUCCUGGCCCAACCCACAUACCUUCCUGGGAAAGCUGCUGCUAACUUCCCCUGCCUUUGGCUAACCAUUAAGGACAGAUUCCCAUCGUAUGGUUUAGUCACAUACCCUAGGCAUCUGGUGGUGCAGUUGAUAGAACACUGGGCCUGCAGUCAGGAAGACCUGGGUCUCAAGAUACUAGCGAUGGGACCCUGGGGAAGUUACUUAAUCUUUGCCUCAGUUUCCUCAACUGUAAAAUGGGGAUAACAGCACCCAUCUCGCAGGGUUAUUUUUGUGAAGUGAUACGUAUAAAGUGCUCAACACAGUGCCUGGCAUGUAGUAGGUGCUAUAUAAAUGCUUAUUCCCCUCCCCAUCUCACAGCCAAAGAGACUAUCCGGAGGCCCCUAAAAUCCUUGAGUGAGACAUUCCCUUCCAGUAGCACAGGCAUCAUCUCGACUGCUACAUGCUGGUUCAUGCACAAGACGUUAAUGGACACCCACUCUCUCACAGCCCCACACACCUACCUUGGAAUGGAGGGAUUCUGGAGACUCCAGCAUUAGCAGCAGCUCUGAGUUGUCAAUCUCCAGCAGCAUGCCGGUGAUCUUGCCAGCCAGCUGAGCAUGUAUCCCAUAAAUGAGUGGGUAGAGUCUGUCACCUGCUCAAAACAGCAGGGGGAAUAAUGCACAGACCUGGACUGGCUGAUACCCAAUGCAUACUAUACCCUUCAUCGGCCGGCCCUGUCUUUGCCUCUUGUUCUUCAUCUGUAAAAUGGGGGCAGUGGUUGUACUGUCUCAAAGUGUUGUGUAAAACGCAGUGCAUAAGAAUCAUCUAUGUUAUUCCCAUUCCCAAUUCCACAGUCCUUUUAUGGAGCCAGAUUAGACCUGAAGCUUGUGACCUUCACUGGAGAAGGGUGGCGGAACUCGACCUGCACUGCGAAUGCAGCAGAAACAGUGCCUGUAGUAGUUUCUGAUUAUUGACAAUAGGGGACUUCCAGAAUCAGUCUGUGCGCACUUAGGAUAAAGGUGAGAAGGCAAGCUACAAUGGAAGGAGUCCACUUGGCCUAUUUAAAUAAGGUACCAACUGAAAAAAGUGAUGAUCACUUUGUUAGAGACAUUUACCCAAUCUAAAACAGUUGCUACAACAGGGAAGCUAAGAGUCCAGAAACUGUCUUAGCCCGCAAACACUUGGUUUCUUUUCCAAAUACAAACACAGCAGCUAGAGGACAACAUGGGUUUGGAGUACAAACUCCUUUAGAGAACAUUAGAGAGGAAGCUAGUAGGUGAAUAAGAGCAUUAGAAAACCAGCAAAAGUCAAAAAUGCUUGGCUAAGGCUCAGUUGUCCCAGCCCAGGCACAUUUAUCAACGAAACUGAGGAAAACAAGUGGACAUGAAAUAUCUGCCAGUGUUUACUUGGUAAUCUAUAUUCAUAAUUGAUGAAAAUGAAAGCAUUACUUUUGGACUCAACCCACCACCUCAGACCUGAGGAAGGAGCGACGAAAAGUUGGAAAGAAUGUAGAAGAAAUCCACCUGAGGGGAAAAUUUUAGAGUCUCGGCUUGGUUUGAGUUCUUGGAGGGAAAGAUUUCCUAGAGUGUAAAAGAUUGUAGAAUGCUGUUACCAAAAGCUAGCUGCCAGAAAGCAAGUCAGUAUCCACACCAUCUGCUUGUUAGCGAAUUCAUUUCCUUAGGGUAUGUUUGAUAAAGAGGAGGUGGGAACAGGCAAGCUUUUGCAGAUGAGUCUUGUUUGACAGAAUGCGUUUUCAAGGUCAUGCAAUUGAUUGUGAAGUGUAAAGAUUAUAUAGUUUGGCUGUAUGUGUCAGAAAAAAUUCUAUUUGGCAGAUCAAAGUCCAAUUCUCCUUAAGGUUUCCUCAACAAGAUCAUACAAGACUCGUGGAGUCUGAGUUAGAGGAAACCUCAGAGGCCAUCUAAUCUAAUCUGAAGAUGUCAGCUUUUCUGACUGUGGCUAGUCAGUGUCUUGAAUCCACCUCACUACCCCACACAUUUUCAAUAAAUAUAGUAAUGGCUCAGUAUUUGCCAUCUCUGAGGCCACACCCAUGUCCUGGUAUAUGUAGUUCAUCUGUCACAGCUAGGUAGUGCAAGCAGGCCUUGGAAUCCAUCAGGAAGACCCAAGUUCAAAUCCUGCCUCAAACAUACUUUGUGACUCUGGGCAAGUCAGAACUGCUUUCAGUUUCUGCUGUUCCUUUUGCCAAAUGGGGAUAAUAUAAAGUACCCACUUCACAGAGUCAUUGGAAGGACCAGACGAGAUAACAGAUGUACACUUUGCAAACCUCUAAGUGCCAUGUAAUGUUAGCUGCCAUAAGCACCUUGCACUGGUGAUCUGAACUAAUCCAGGGCGGCUAAGGAGUCUCUUACUGUCUGCUCAUUUGAGGUUUCCUCUUCAGUCCAAAGAUCGCUGUGCUUAAAGACAACUGAAAAACAAGAAGGACUGACCCCAUUUUCUGUGCUGUCAGUCAUCCCCUUCUUUCCCCCCUUUCCUCCGGUGUAGCUUUGAAAAUCCCUUUUUGUUACCCUCCGCCUUCCUCCACAGCCUUAGCUCGUUCCAGGCUGAACAUUCUAGACAUUAUUCUUGUGGAGCCACACCAUGGGAUCCCUCACUAUGAGCCAUUGCGUCUAUCUUUAGUACAUGCUUUCAAGGGCUUAACUUGGUUGAUGUGACUCCAGCCUUGUCUGUCCACUUUGAAUAGUUCCUCUUCCUCAACAAAAUUGGUUUUCAUCUUUUUUAUCUUUUCAUUCCUGAAAGCACUCUGUUGCUUCUGGGCUGCCUUUCUCUAUGGAAUUUUUGGCCUUGGAACCAAAAUUACUUAGUUCUUAGAACUCUAAGGUCUAGGGUUGUCACACGUAGUGGCUUUCUGCUUCUGCUAAAUAACCGCUUUCCCCAAAGCCUUAUCACUCUAGCUAACCAUCUGACAUUUUUAGAGUCUAUAUCACCUGUAAACAAAAACAACUAACGAUUCUGUGAAUAGCAAAUGAGAAAUAAGAAGACACAUACUUAUCAAAAACGUGCACUAUUGUUGGAAGGGUGUGCUGGGUCAAGUCAAAAUGGAAAAAGGAUUCUCUAUAGGUGGCAAGGUCCUUCAGAUAUCCAUUUGUGGAUGACAUUGGGCCAAUUACACCAAACGCAAGAUUACCAGUGACUUUGCAGCGAAAUUCAGUUACUCAAGAGAAUGGCCUAGCUCCACAUAGGAAAAAGCAAAUAGAUUUUUUAAAAUACCCGUUGCCCAAAUUAUGACAUGCAUUUAGAUGGGCAGCCAUUAAGCUGGUCAUCAGAGCAUAGAUCUUAGGUAUCCGUUAUGGAUAGUGACCUGGGCUUAAAGUUUAAUAAAUGGAAGAAAUUGGGCCAGAUCACAUUUAGGAAACUAGCACCUUCCAUGAUCCCAAGCUACUCACUGCAGCAGAAGCCCAUCUUUAUAAUAGCAACAAUCUCUCAGUAAUGCCUUGAAUCAUGGAAUGCCACAAUCUCAAAAGCAUCAGAAUUGCAGAUGACCUGAAAGGUAAUGAAAGGCACAUGGUGGUGUCAGGGUAUAGCAUAUUACCAACUGUGACUUAUGUUUGAAUAGCAGUAGUGAAAAAGACCAAGGAAAUUAAAGUGUAGUGCCGAUCAUGUAGUAACAGCAAGCUUGGAACAGUCUUACUAUUGUUAUCCAUGAAUUAUCAGAACCAGAGGGCAGGGUCCAUAUACUUCAGGAAGUUCCACAGAAAAACCAAGACAAGAGUAAGACAGGAGCAGAAGGCAUAGUUGGGUUACAGCCUGCACCAGUGGUGGAAGUACCUGUGUUUAUGAAAUCAUGGAUUCAUGGAAGCGAUAACCUUAAGGUUGAUAAAAGCAUCUUCCUCAACAA